AUGAAGCACAACACGUUCAACAAAGAAACGAAAACUUGCAGCGCUAGCUGGCCCCGCGCAUCACAGUCAACGUUGUGCGCGACGGAUCGUCUCGAGCUUGUAUAUGACGUGUACACUAACGCAGAGCGGCAACGUCGCUCUCGCACCGCCACUAGCCUUAACCUCGUGUUCCUGCACGGCAGCGGCAUGAGUAAGGUCGUAUGGGAGUACUAUUUGCCGCGACUGGUAGCCGCGGAUGCGGAGAGUGAUUAUGUCAUUGACAAGGUUGUGCUGAUCGACCAGGUCAACCAUGGUGAGUCCGGAGUGCGCAACCGCGGCAAACUCGGCACCAAUUUCAAUUGGAUCGACGGGGCUCGCGACGUGCUCAAGAUUGUCACCUGCGAGUUCGGCGGUAAUGACAGCCGCCCAGCGCUAAACGUAGCCAUCGGCCAUUCUAUGGGCGGGUUCCAGGCUCUUGCGUGUGACGUGCUUCAGCCCAAUCUAUUUCAUCUGCUCAUCUUGAUCGAGCCUGUAGUUAUCACACGGAAAGCCUCCAGCACCGGAAGGUCAGGAGUACCGCCCGAUGCUCCCCAGAUUCCGGAAAACCUUUAUAACUCUCUACGUUUAAAGACAUGCGACCAUUUUGCUAACGAGUCCGAAUAUGUAAAAUACAUGAGGAACGGUUCUUUUUUCACGAAUGCGCACGGCCAAAUCCUGCAAAACAUCAUCGAUUUCGAAAGAAUAAAGGGGUUCGAUGAUGAUGGAUCUAUUCGCACGAAGAUGGAGCAGGCGCAGAAUCUCCUCUGCUACAUGAACAUGCAGACUUUUGCGUCCUUCUUAAUCAGCAACGUGAAAUUUGUGAAGAAACGGACUAUCCACAUCGUGGGGUCACACUCUAAUUGGUGCCCCCCAGAAAAUCAGCUGUUUUUGCAAAAAACGCUGCAGAACUACCAUCUCGACGUCAUUUCGGGUGGCUCCCAUCUGGUCAACAUCGAGGCGCCGGGCCUUGUCGUUGAAAGGAUUAAUCACCACAUCCACGAGUUUGUUCUUACCUCCCCGCUGCAGUCCUCACACAUUCCGCAGUUGACGCUCGAGGAAAGGAUGGUUAAAUUUAGCCGGGCUUUCGAUUCUUUCAAGAAUGACGCUUUGGUUGAAACGAGUAAACCAAAACUGUAA